AAGCGCAACAUAAAAGGACGCGGAAUUAGGUGAUUCGGCUUAUAUUACUUAAUCAAAGAGUUUCCAGAUGGGGCUGUUAGAUGAAGACAUUGCCUUCCACUCCAACAUACCUGUGCCACUGGAUAUUACCGUGGCUGUGGUCUACUCUGUUUUUGGAGUAUGCUCACUGUUUGGCAACAGCACGUUGCUGUACGUCUCCUACAAGAAAAAGCAUCUUCUGAAACCAGCCGAGUGCUUCAUCAUCAACCUAGCAGUUAGUGACUUGGGCCUGACUCUGUCCCUCUACCCCAUGGCGAUAACUUCAAGCUUCUACCACAGGUGGCUGUAUGGGAAAACAGUGUGCUCCAUGUACGCUUUUUGUGGCAUAUUGUUUGGCAUCUGCAGCCUGACCACUCUGACCCUGCUAAGCAUGGUGUGCUUUGUGAAAGUAUGUUAUCCACUCUAUGGGAACAGGUUUAACUGCGUUCACGGCCGUCUGCUCAUCGCCUGUGCGUGGAUCUAUGCCUUGCUGUUUGCCUGCUCCCCGCUGGCCCACUGGGGGAAAUAUGGGCCAGAGCCUUAUGGCACUGCCUGUUGCAUUGACUGGCGCCUGUCCAAUCAGCACUCUACAGCACGCUCCUACACUGUGGCACUGUUCAUCUUCUGCUACAUCCUUCCAUGCUGUGUUAUUACAGCAUCCUACAUGGGCAUUCUGGUCACUGUGCAAGCAUCCCGCAAGAAUAUGGAGCAGCAUGCAUCGAGGCAGACACACAUGAGCAGCAUCCAAAGAAUUAUUGUUAAGCUAAGUGUUGCCGUCUGCAUCGGUUUCUUCGCGGCAUGGAGUCCAUAUGCUGUGGUGUCCAUGUGGGCUGCCUUUGGACACAUUGAGAACAUCCCUCCUCUGGCAUUUGCCUUGCCAGCCAUGUUUGCCAAGUCUUCCACCAUCUACAACCCAAUCAUCUACCUAAUGCUGAGGCCGAACAUCCGCAGGAUGAUGCGCAGGGACCUUGGCGCUCUAUGCCACACCUGUCUGAGGGGUUGCCUCUGGUCCCAGGGGCCAGCUAAGUGCUGCUCCAAGCCAGAGAUCAGGGUCAGACUUCGCUCAGUCCACAGACACAACAACCAGUUCCCUUCAUCCAACUCCUCUGCUCAACCUCCGAUGGCAGCAUUAAAGGACCACAGCUGUGAUAAGUGCAAGGAUGCUUUCGAAUGCUUCAGACACUACCCUCAGAUGUGCAGCAUCAUUAACCCUGCUAUCAAUGGAGACUCAUCCAAGGAUCAAGGCACUCCAGUUCCCCAAACAUAUAAGCAGAAGCCUCAGAGCGUGUGCCACAAGAAGUCUCUACUGGCUAUCAUGUGUGCAAAAAGGACAUCAGAAAUAGACAACUUCCAUAUUAAUUUGGAAAUGGUUCCAGGGCAUGCAAAAGUGGCUUGGCCCUGAUAUUUCUCCAAAUUCACAAUGUUUACACAAUAUCUCUGGACAUAUUUUGCAGAUUAUGUUCUUUCACAUGUGGAAUUACUUAAUUUGUAUUUUCAGGAAAUCUGUUUCAGCAAUGUACCACGAAGCUCCUUCAGUAUCUGGGCUGAGGCCAUGUACCUUAUUUAUCCUUUGUCGCCUACUGUGCUUUUAGUUGGCACAACUGACACAAAUGACAGAAUAGAUUUUAGGUUAAAUGCAGACACAGUUUGCAGCCCUUAAACAAUAUAAUCAUGAUGCUCUGGUGAUAUUUACAGUUGAAAGUUAGCCGUUAACUAGCUUCUAAAUUAUUGUGUCAGGGCUACGUGGCUGAGGAUGGAUAGGUUUAGGAGUUUUCCACCUAUUUAUUUCCUGAUCAAAUUUGUCAAAAAGUGCAACUCUUUGAGCUCUUGUUCAUAUUCAGAUACCUGCUCAGAGUAGGGCUGCAACUAACGAUUAUUUUCAUUGUUGACUAAUCUGUCAAUUAUUUCUUCAAUUAGCCGACUAAUCAUUUUAUCGAAAAAAUGUGUUAAAAUGUUGAAAUAUGUCGGUCUGUCUCUCCCAAACCCCCAAAAUUAUGUCAUCUAAUGUCUUGUUUCGUACUCACACCAAAGGGUUUUAGUUCACCAUCAUGGGAGAGUGUGUAAUGCUGCCAAUAUCCGAACGCAAGAAGCUGCAAUAAGAGUAUUUUGGGGUACUUUUAUAGUACUUUUCUAAGACAAAUGACUCAAACUGAUUAGUCGACUACUAAAACAGUCACUGAUUAUUUUAAUAGUCAAUUAGUCAUCGAUUAGUCAACUAAUCGUUGCAGCCCUAGCUGAGAGUAUUCAAUCCCCUAGGCGGGAUUAUAAGCAUUGCAGCUACUUAAUUUUCUAUUCAAAUCAAUAUCAAACUGCCUGAAAGCAGCCUAUUCCUCAAAGCACUACUGGCAGCAUCGCCUGUCUGGAAUUACUUGUUGCGUGUAUUUC